AUGAUUGCAGAAAAUGAAAAUGAAAUUGAAUUAACAUGUCAAGAUAAAACAUCCGGAAUGUUAGAACGUAACGAAAAACGGUGUAGGGGCAACAGCGAAGAGAGCAGCGAAGACAGUUUUACAAAAGUAAUGAAGAAAAAACCUAAAAAGAUAAAUAGAAGAGAGACCCAUACAAUGAUGAGUAAAAAUACAAAUAGUGAGGGUAGACAUGAAAAUAUGAUAACCGAACAAAACGAAUCUACCUACGGUGUAUGCAUAACAUCGUUACAAGUUUUACCAAAGCAGAUGGUGUUAGCUAAAUUACUCUUUAACGAACAAAUAAAUAAAAUCGUAAAAAUUAAAUAUAAAAACCCAUACAAAGUUAUAAUCCAAUUCGAGGAUAAACAAUAUGCUCAGAAACUACUUACUUGUAAGAAACUUAUUGAAUUACAAUGUAGAAUGCAAAUGAUGGAUGAAAAUAAUUUGUCCUUUGGGGUAAUAAGGGGUAUAGAAAAGGAAUCAAGUGAAGAAGAAUUAAAAGAACUAAUAGUCUGUCCUUAUGAAAUAACAUCGGUGAAACGAUUAAAGAGAUUGUUUGACAACAAAUGGGAAGACAGUGAAACAAUUAGAGUUUGUUUCGCAAGUCCUACUUUACCUCCGUAUGUAGAAGCAUACGGUUGCAGGUUUAAAGUGGAAUCAUUCACCUUCCAAGUUACCCAAUGCUCGCGGUGCUGGAAAUUCGGACAUCCCAAAAAGUUUUACCCGUCUAACAAAAUAAUUUGCCCAAAAUGUGGGAAUAAUCAUGAUAACUGCGAUACAACAUCAUAUAAAUGCAUUAAUUGUAAGGGUUCACAUAUAGCUUUAAACAAAACAUGCCCAGUUUAUCUAAGAGAGAAACGUUUACGGGAAAUUAUGAGCAACGACAAUGUCAACUACAAAAAAGCGAUACAAAUUUAUCAGAAUCAGUACAACUCUUUAUCAUCACAACUCAUGGUAAAUUUACAACCUGUAGAAGAAAACCACUAUCCUAUACAACCAAAAAAUACAACAACAUACAGUGAAGUUCUUAAAAGUCCUGUUUUGACUAGUGGAAAAACUUUAGUUAACAAGCAGAAGAAAAAAAAAUUUGAGGAAAAAAAUCAAUCUAUAGAAGUUUAUGAACAGCCAAAUUAUGAACAAAAUAAAGAAAAAGGUAAUGAUGAAGGACAACAGAUAGAUAUAGACAGCGCGCUUAAUUUUCCGAAGGAAAACGAGAAGACCAACUUACAACCUGAUACUAAAAAGUUAGAGUGGAGAAAUAUAUUUAGGAAAAUACAAGAAAUUUUAACAUCUAAAAAAUCUAUUGAAGAUAAAAUCACAUUAAUUUUUAAAAUUAUGUUCCUGGAAAUUAAAGAAUAUUUGUUGAAUAGACUUAUAAAUAUAGACAUACUGAAGUCCAUACUCAAUCUUAAUAAUGGAUAA